AUGAUAGAACCUGGUGUCAUUAAAAAAUUAGAUGAAGUUGUAGUGAAUCGUAUUGCAGCCGGGGAAAUUAUACAGCGACCGGCAAAUGCUUUAAAGGAACUACUGGAAAAUAGUCUGGAUGCCAAGGCUACCAUCAUACAGGUCACAGUAAAGUCGGGUGGACUCAAACUAUUACAAAUUCAAGAUAAUGGUACGGGCAUAAGGAAGGAGGAUAUGGCGAUUGUAUGUGAAAGAUUCACCACUUCAAAGCUCACAACUUUUGAGGACCUUACCAGCAUUGCCACAUUCGGGUUUCGUGGAGAGGCAUUGGCGAGUAUUAGCCAUGUAGCUCACUUGACAAUACAGACGAAGACUGUCAAGGAGAAAUGUGGAUACAAGGCCUCCUAUGAAGAUGGCAAACUUAAAGCUCCACCAAAACCUUGUGCCGGCAAUCAGGGUACAAUUAUCACCAUAGAAGAUUUGUUUUAUAAUAUGCCACAACGACAACAGGCACUAAAGUCACCAAAUGAAGAAUUCCAAAGAAUAUCUGAUGUUAUGUCGAAGUAUGCCAUACAUAAUUCAAAAGUGGGGUUUACAUUGAAACGUUUCGGUGAACAGCCAUCGGUAAAAACAGCACCGAACAGUAGUCAACAGGCAAAUAUCGAAACAAUCUAUGGUGCUUCCAUAGCCAAAGAGCUAUUGGCGGUUGAGUUGAAAGAUGAUGUCCAUAAAUUCCAAAUGAAUGGAUAUAUUACAAAAGUCAAUUACAGCUCAAAGAAAGGCAUUAUGUUGUUUUUUAUAAAUCAUCGCCUUGUGGAGCUGGCAUCUUUAAAAGCUGCCAUCGAUAAUGUUUACAGUACAUAUUUACCCAGAGGAAUGCAUCCCUUCGCCUACAUAAGCUUGGAAAUAAAUCCAUCCAAUAUUGAUGUCAAUGUCCAUCCCACAAAGCACGAAGUUCAUUUUCUCUACGAAGAUGAAAUUGUUGAAAAAAUAAAACAGAAUCUGGAAACGAAAUUGCUGGGCAGUAAUGAAACGCGUUCAUUUUACAAACAAUUAAAAAUGCCCGGAGCCUCGGAACCACUUGCUGGAACUAAAGAUCUUGAUAGCAGUUUGAAAAAUGUCAGUGUAGACAGAAUAAAUCCUCAAAAUAUGAUAAGAACUGAUAGUAAAGAGCAGAGUAUUUACAAAUUUUUAAAUGUCGAAGGUGUAAAAUUAAAUGAUUCUGGUUGUUCGAUGAGUUUGAGUAGUUCCAGUGCGGGAUUGCCGGAGGAAAGUUUUCGUGACAUUGCCCAUAAAAAAUCGAAGGAGGUUAAGCUAACUAGCAUUUUAAAUAUGCAAAAGAAAAUUGAAAACGAUUGUUCGAUUGAAAUACGAAAGAUGGUAAAGGAGUUGGUUUUUGUCGGUGUUGUGGAUAAGCAAUUUGCUUUGUUUCAGCAUGAAACUAAACUUUAUAUGGCUGAUACAAUUAAAUUAAGUGAACAACUCUUUUAUCAACGUUUAUUGUACGAAUUUGAAAAUCACAAAAUGAUAAGUAUUAAACCACAACCUUUACCAGUUAAGGAUUUAAUUAAAUUGGCACUGAAUACGCCUGAAAGUGGUUGGACAGAAGAAGAUGGUGAUAAAGAUGAAUUGGCGGAAAGAGCUUCAGAGAUUCUAAUAGAAAAAUCACCAAUAAUGCGUGAAUAUUUCUCCAUGACUAUUAAUAGCAGUGGGCAAUUGGAGACUAUUCCCUCCUUGCUGGACAAAUAUAUACCGAGUAAAACAUUUUUACCAAUUUAUAUGUUGAGAUUGGCUACCGAAGUUGAAUGGGAUACGGAGGAGGAAUGUUUUGAAACAUUUUGCAGGGAAACUGCGCGCUAUUAUGCAAUGGUAUCAGAAGCAGAAAGGCUAGAAAUGCCAAAACAACAUAAAUGGACGGUAGAGCACAUUAUAUAUCCAGCAUUUAAAAAAUAUUUGCUGCCACCAAAUAAUCUGAAAAAAUAUAUAUUUGAAUUGGCAAACUUACCCUCUCUUUACAAGGUUUUUGAAAGAUGUUGA